UAACAAUGGAGAUUCGAAAUUCUGAAACUGAAGAACAACGAGAUAGGAAGAGGACGCGAAAGUGAAAGCAAUUAAAGCCGAAACGCCAUUGUGUUUCAAUCUCUUUCCUGUCUCUUGCUCGACUAGGUGUCUCGCCCUGUGCCUUGGCCCAAGAUUAUUAAGGCAGAGAUCCCUCUGCCUUAAAGCCACCUCUCGUAAUGGCAUUUCAGGAUUUCGACCAGAUUUCUGAACGCCGAAAGGCCGAGAAGGCACGUAAGGUCAAGAAGAGAAUUAUCAUAGCGGUUGUCGUUAUUCUCCUCCUUGUUCUGAUUGCCGUCGGAGCCUAUUUCAUUGUCAACAAACUUAGCAACAAGAAGGGAAAUGCUAAGCAGGGCAAUACUACGCAAGGCAAAGCAGGGAAACCUGCACCGGCGGCUCCAAAACAGAAAAAUACACCACCGAAGAACAAAGCCCCUUCAAAUAGUAAGAAGAUCCUGAAGGAGAUGUGCAGUGCGACAGAUUACAAGGACAAGUGCGAGGGCAUCAUUGAAAAGGCAAAUGGCGAAACGAAACCCAUGGCAUUCAUCAAGACCGCAAUCUCAGCCACCUCGGACGAGGCCAAGAGUGUCUACAGCAAAACCGCUGAGCUCACUUUCAGCAGCCCGGAAGAGAAGGGAGCGUUCGAGGAUUGCAAAGGGCUGUUCGAGGACGCCAUGGAGGAAUUGGGGGACGCCAUUUCUCAGGUUGGCAACAACACUGAGUCAGGGAAAGUGCGCAUCGGCGUCUUGAACAGCUGGCUAAGUGCGGUGAUAUCUUACCAGCAGACAUGCGUCGACGGGUUUCCUGAUGGAAAAUUGAAGUCCGACUUGGAGAAGAUGUUGCAGACCUCUAAGGAAUUCACGAGCAAUUCCCUGGCCAUGCUUUCACUCCUUAACCAGUUGCAACUACCGAGUACAGGAGCAGCUGCAGGAUCAAAUCGCCGCCUUCUAUCGCAGGACAAGAGCGGAUUCCCUAACUGGAUGAGUCAUGAGGACCGAAGGAUGUUGAAGAAAAACGACAAGAAACUCACCCCCAACGUGACAGUGGCAAAAGAUGGCAGUGGAAACUACAAAACCAUUAGUGAAGCCUUGGAAAAAAUGCCCCAAAAAUACGAAGGACGGUAUGUCAUCUAUGUUAAAGAAGGAGUCUAUGAUGAGACUGUGACUGUGACAAAGAAGAUGCCGAACGUUACAAUGUACGGCGAUGGUUCACAGAAGAGCAUCAUCACUGGAAAUAAGAACUUAGCCGAUGGAGUUAGGACAUUUCAAACUGCACCUUUCGCGGCCUUAGGGGAAGGUUUUAUGGCAAAGUCGAUGGGAUUCAGAAACACGGCUGGACCUGAAAAGCGUCAGGCAGUGGCAGCGAGAGUCCAAGCAGACCGCGCUAUUUUUCUGAACUGCCGGUUUGAAGGGUACCAAGAGACAUUGUACGCACAAACUCAUCGGCAGUUCUAUAAGAGCUGUGUCAUUUCCGGCACAGUUGAUUUCAUCUUUGGCGACGCUGCUGCCAUCUUCCAGAACUGCUUGAUCUAUGUUCGCAAGCCUUUGGAAAACCAACAAAACACUGUCACAGCACAGGGAAGGACUGACAAACGGGAAACCACAGGAAUAGUGUUGCAGAAUUGCCAAAUCAUGCCUGACAAAGAUCUUGAGCCAGUAAAGUCCCAAUUCAAGACCUACCUCGGAAGGCCAUGGAAAGAAUUUUCGAGAACCAUAGUGAUGGAGUCGACAAUUGAGGACCUGAUUCACCUGGAUGGAUGGACACCGUGGGAAGGAGAUUUCGCGUUGAAAACGUUGUAUUACGCAGAGUAUAACAACAAGGGACCGGGCGCAAAAACUGACAACAGAGUGAAGUGGGAUGGAUACAAGAAAAUUAACAAGGAAGAGGCAAUGCAGUAUACUGUAGGGCCUUUCUUGAAAGGGCACGCUUGGCUCAAGGUUGAGGGUGUUCCUGUCCGCUUCGGCCUAUUUGAAAAUUAAAUGGAGUCUAUUCGUGACACGGAGAUGACAAUGGUGGUGUUGAGUUAUGUGAUCAAGAAGAGUGGAACAUCUGUGUUUGGAAGGGAAUGGUAAUGUUGUCAGUUUCUUUGUUUUAGCACUGAUCAUCAAGGGAGUGAAAUUGACAUCCUGCUUUAUUUGCAACACACUAAUAUAUAUUAGCCUUAAACGAAGAAAAAAAAUCGAAUUACGUACGAAAAAAACAUACGGUUCACUGUGUAGCGAAAUUCAUUCAAUUGAAUUCUAGGUUGUAACAGAAUUGAAUGCUUAGGUUUACAUGUUUCCAAAAUUUCGUUCUUUGAUUCAAAACAUUGUUCCAAAAAGUGGAGAAAGUUGUGUUCUGGUGGGGGUGGAAUCCUGAAAGUGUAGAUGUGAAUGUGAUGGAAAUGAUGUACUGGAAAUGGACUCUCUGCUUGUUUUUGGUGUUGUUUUGA